AUGUCUUUUUUAUGGGACUGGUUCAGCGGAGUGCUCAAUAUGCUGGGAUUGACCAAUAAAAAGGGUAAACUGGUAUUCCUGGGACUCGACAAUGCUGGAAAGACGACGCUGCUUCAUAUGCUUAAGGAUGACAGAAUCGCUCAGCAUGUCCCUACUCUUCAUCCAACAUCCGAGCAGAUGUCCCUGGGAGGAAUUUCAUUCACCACAUACGAUCUCGGAGGACACGCUCAAGCUCGCCGAGUUUGGAAGGACUACUUCCCAGCCGUUGAUGCUGUCGUUUUCCUGAUUGAUGUGGCCGAUGCAGAGAGAAUGCAGGAAAGCCGCGCUGAACUUGAAUCCUUACUCCAGGAUGAACAAAUCGCUUCAGUUCCAGUCCUUGUCCUGGGAAAUAAAAUCGAUAAACCAGGAGCUUUGAGUGAGGACCAGCUGAAGUGGCAGCUCAACAUUCAACACAUGUGCACCGGAAAAGGAGAUGUAUCGCGCAACGAAAUGGCAUCGCGGCCUAUGGAAGUUUUCAUGUGCUCUGUUCUACAACGACAAGGUUAUGGAGAGGGAAUCCGUUGGCUUGGACAGUACCUCUAA